AUGGGACGUACAAUUCUUCUACCAGUAGAUCCAAGUGAAAACUGCAAACAUGCACUGAAAUUUUACAUCGACCAUUUCUUCAAUAAAGAAGACACUCUCAUUUUCCUCCACGUUAUUGAUCAAGUAUCCAAAAGGAAUGCUGAGGAGGAGAGGGAGGAAGAAUUUGAGGAUAAUUCCUUUCAAAAUCCAACAACUAAUAAGAUUUUGGAUAAUGGGAAAGCCCUGGCUCACAAAUAUCUCGCUUGGGGAAGAGACGCUGGUAUCAAAGUAAAAGCGUUCGUUCGAUCCGAUCCAAAAGCUGGGGCUGCGAUCUUGAAUGUCGCAAAGGAACUUGAUGUGGAUCAUAUCAUAGUGGCCAGCAGAGGACUGAAUGCCAUUGGCAGGACAUUCAAAGGCAGUGUGAGUACUUAUGUUGUACAUCAUUCCAAUGUCCCAGUUACAGUUGUUCCUUGCCCUGACACGGACAAACCCACAAGAGGAUUUCGUAGCCUUUCUUUGUAUUGA